CCUUACGGUACUUAAAAUAUGAGUAUUCUUCUCGGUGUGUGAUCGUGUUUUCAUUGUAAUUUUGUUGCUUGAGUAACGCAAAUCGUUUGCUUUUCACUUUUGCAGACGCUAGUAUAACUUUUUUCGGUAGUAUCACCUAUCUCGUUUAUUUUGUUCUUCUAGUUAAACUAAACACGGACGUAUAUGGACCAAGAAAAUGGUUUUGAGAACGAAUUAGAGCCAGAGCAUAGAGUCCAGUGGUUUUAUUUGAGCAAAUUUGAUCUAUACGACGAGACGGUUAUUGGGGAAUCAAAAGGAAGGUCGCAUUGGAGAAGAUUUUCUAAUUAUGAUAAUGAGGCUUUAGAAAUCAAAUUUGAUGAAGUGAACAGGAAGCUUAUAACAGAUGUUAAUGCCAAAAAUGUCAUUGUUGGUGUCUCUCGCCUUCAUGUUGUAAAUAUUCCGACAUUAACAUUGAAGCCGUUGUACUGGGCAAGCACAAGUAGUACUGAUACUCUUGCCGUCUCACGCGGGCUUUGGGUUUAUGCUGAAUCACAAUUGCCAUUAGCUGCUGAAUUGGCUGAGCAAGUCGAAACCGGUUAUCAAUAUUUUCUCCCUUGGAGGACUAAUUGGCAACAAAAGGUCAAUCGUAGGCUGUCUGCGACGAAAACAGUUGGAGGUCGUGAAGUUCAUGUGAAACCGCGUUGGUACCUGGAACCAAAGAGUGCAAAUCAGUUCAUUCAUUACGAAGAUGGUUAUAUAGCAUUGCUAUGUAAGGGGGGUAUUUCGUCAAUAUUUACAAAAGGAACGCCAUCGAAGAAAUCCAAUGUUUCAGGCAUACCCAUUAUGCGGCAUUGUAAGGAAAACGGGACAGAAGACCGAAAGCGACCCUUGGUUGUAUCGGACUUGUUCUUUGUCGUUCAUGGAAUUGGACAAAAAAGAUCUGAAAGCGAGGAGCGUUACCUUUUUACCAAAACGUGCUCUGUGUUUCGCUCAUUAAUACAGCGUCAAAAGGUUAAUCUGCGACAUGACCCGCUCAUGCGUGAAGACUUUGAGCCACAGGUUCUUCCGGUCAAUUGGCGUUCGAAAAUUCAUUUCGAUUUUUAUCACAAUUAUAUAAGUGAAGAGGUAGAUCCUGACCUCAACCUCUUCAAUUUAAAGGAUAUUGAAAUUGAAAGCAUUCCAUCGGUUCGCCGAAUCAUUGGAGACGUGAUGAGCGACAUUCCUUAUUACAUGUCUCACUAUAAGGGCGCCAUUACUAAGUCUGUAGUGCAAGAGAUUAACAGUAUCUAUGAUCGUUGGUGUGAAUGCAAUCCCGAUUUUGUCGAAAGAAAAGGUCGUUGCUACAUCAUCGGCCAUUCUCUUGGUUCUGCAAUCGUUUUUGACAUCCUUUCUAGGCAACCAACUUUUGUCAAAGAAGUCGAAACGCUUCCUGAGAUUUCUUUUAAAUUUGAUACCACUGGGUUUUUUUGUUUAGGUGCACCUGUUGGUUUCUUCCUUUUAUUAAAUCAGGCAUCACUCAUUCCUCGUAAGGGACGAGGAACAAGCCGUUUUUCAAACAACUCUAAAUAUACUCGAAAAAAUGUUCCUGGGUAUUAUGUUCAUGAAGGAAAUGACUUGUAUGGUUGCCUUGCUGUUGACUGUUUUUACAACAUAUACAACUUUUAUGAUCCCGUUGCUUUGCGGAUGAAUCCGACAGUGGAUGCGUCUUACUCCAAAGGUAUACUGCCUACGGAUAUUAAUCCACAAACAAACACGGGCUUACUUCAACUGAUCCGGAAGUCGAGAUCUAAUACAGAUUCUGAUUUGGUCACUCAUGCUGCAGCAAAGGCAGUAGAAACUCCAGACGUUCGUUCUUUUCAAGCUGAAAGCACGGAUGAUGACUCCUUUUUUGAACUUGAAACUCGUGACUUUCGUAGGGAAAGACGGGCACUCUGGCAGCUUCAAGAACUGAAUGAGAACGCUCAACUUGACUAUGUGUUUGUUGAGAACACAGGGCUUAUCAAAAGUAAAUACCUUUCUAUGCUUUCAGCGCACAGUAGUUACUGGAGAAGCGAACCAUUAACACGUUUCCUGGUCAUCGAAACGGGGCGAAAGUUUGGCAUUGCGAAUACUGUUCAGACAUUCAGAGGCAAACAUAACUCAAGGGACCUUUAGAUUUAAAUAUUACAGUGUCUGGGUUCAAACAUUGCUUUUUAUUUGAUACUGUUUUGUCGAUCAUACUGACUACUACACUGUACAGUUUUACUAACGAAAAAUAAUGAAUACUAAUCCAUUGAUGCAUCUUCUCACACAAGAACCCCUAAAUUUCAUAUGUAAUUACCUACGUUUGAUUUGAUUUCUGU